CUUAUGGGGUUUCCUUGGUUGGGGACUCUCUUGGGACCUUCCCUCUCAUCCCUCUCUUCCUAUCCCAACCUUUCUCUUGCUCCUUCUAAUUUCUUGUGAGAUUCUUGAACUUUGAUUGAACUCUUGAGAUUGAGUUAAGUUCUCCUCCUACAGCUUACCCCCUAGUGCGUCGAAAGCCAUAGCGUCGCGAAUACUUCAUCAAUCAACGUGAUUCAAAUUGGGAACGGUAGCUGAGAUCAAGAGCUACAACAUAUCCAAGUUUCGCGACAUUCCAACGGCUAGUGUUUUGUCGACGUCGUUUCUUGUGAAGACGACUUUUCUGUCCAGAAUUUCGGAUUUAUAUUUUGAGUAAUUCUAGCUCCUAAGUUAACCUAGACUCCGUCCUUAAUCCUAACAAGUGGUAUCAGAGCCAUAUUAAGGACAUUGAGAGGAGUCUACAGAAGUGUGAAGACCCUUCUAGACCCACCAUGGCCUGUGGGUGUGCCUAAGUGGUGUUCUAAAGGUUGGAUGUGUCUUCCGCUAAGGGGAAACUCUGCCGAAAUUUCGUGGACGGCGAUACUUGUGAAAAUAUCGAGGGAGCUGAGUGUGGACAGCAAAGGGGAGCUGAAAUUCGUCAUUUCUCAAGGAGAAGAUGAAUGAGAGAGGAGGAGAUGCUAAUGGAAGAGGAGCUGUACCUGAGAAGGCAAGUGAGCCGCCGCCAUCAAAAGUUGAAGCUUUGGAUGGCUCCAACUAUGAGGAAUGGAGCGGACGGAUGAGGAGUGCCUUCAAACGCUACAAGCUACUGAAGAUUGCUGUUGGGGAGGAGAAGAUGCCGGAAGAAGGCGAAGCACGUGAACGGUGGAUUGAGAAAAGCGCGGUGCUUUUCGACCUCAUCCUUCAAUCGGUCAACAAGGAGAUGUUCGAGCACAUCAAGGAUCUUGUGGAAGCGGAUGAUUCGGGUCCAAGGGCGUGGAAACUACUACGUGAUGUGAUUCAGCCCAACACUCUCCCAAUGGUGAUCGUGCUCGAGAAGGAACUUGCUGCCAUCUCCAUGCGACCAGGGGAUGAUGUGAAGCCGGUCCUUGACAAGAUCAAGGACACCUAUGCAACGAUGGCAGCAGCGGGCAGCAGUGUAUCUCAGCUGCAGCAGUGCACCAAGAUCAUCUCGGUGUUGGACAACUCUUGGGACAACCUCAUCCCCACCCUCAACUCUCAGCAAGAUCAAUGGACACCUGAGUGGCUAAGGCACCAGAUUCUGCAGGAGGACUUCCGCAGACGCCAUGUGGGAGGCGGUGCUGCCACUAAGACUGCUGAGGGGUAUGGAGCUGCAGGGCGCGGCAGAGGAAGAGGGGGUUGGAGAGGCCGAGGCCGUGGGAGAAGCUUUGGCAGAGGUAGAGGCCGAGGUGACUAUAAUGAGGGGCAUGGGAGCUCCAGUGGCAGGGGGAGUACCAGAAUGGAGGGCACCUGCUGGUACUGCAAGAAGGUCGGGCAUCCUUGGUUCAAGUGCUUCAGCAGGCCGGAGGGAUGGGCACCUCCAGGCAUGAAGCCGCCAAGUGGUGAACGCGCACAAGGUGGCGCUGUGCAAGGCUCAGGUGCACAAGGUGAAGGUGCACAAGGUAACGCCUAUCCUGGGAUGUAUCUCAUGGUUGAGGAUGUGCAUGGGCAUGAGGGUGAUGUGGGAUCUGUGGGAAAGGUUGUGAUGCACCCUCUCACGCACCGGGUGAUUGAUUCGGGUUGCACCAGUCACAUGACUCCACGGGCAGAUUUGCUUGAUGAGGUAAAACCCCCUGGGAAGAUCAAGUAUGUGGCAGCAGCGUCAGGUGCUUUGCUCCCUGUGAUUGGCGUUGGGAAUGCCAAGGUUAAGGGAGCUAAUGGGGAGCUUGUGGGGCUUGGGAAUGUUCUGCUGGUUGAAGGCUUGUCUGCUAACCUUCUCUCUGUGCGACGACUGCAGAAGAGUAAGGCCGAAGUGACCUUUGGACCAACCAGCUGCCGUGCUAAGCUUGGGAAGAAGGUGCUGUGGAGUCUGGAAGAGGAGACCAGCUGCAUCAAGGACCUGUGGCAGCUGCCCAUCAUCCCAUGGAAUGGGAAGACUCCAACAGCAGCAACGGCAGCAGCGGCAAAGGCAACAGCAGGAGGAGAUGCAACUGCACCAAUUGAUGGGGUCCUAGAAGCAGUCAAGAAAGUGCAGCAGCAGCAGACACAUGGUGAGGUGCUUGCUGGUGUGGAUGCGAGUGCGGCAUGGGCUAAGGCUUCAAUAAGGAGUGGAUCCCAUAUACCAAGUGAUGAGUUGCAGCAGCCUUCAAGGCAGGUGGAGGUUGCAGUGUCUGAGGAGGAGAUAUCUGGGGUGACUGAAGAAGGGGGAGCAGCUGAAGUGGAGCAGCAACAGCAACAUGAGUCUCCACCUCGAGUUCCACAGCCGCCUGAGCGACCUAGGAGGGAUGUGCGCCCUCCUGUGAGGCUGACCUAUGGGGGAAGAGGCAAGCCAAAUGUGGUGCAGGCUGGGAGUGUGGUUGAGCAGAUUGAGGAAGAUGAGAUCGCUCACUGCUACUGGGCACCAAUCCCUGAGCCCAAGACUCGAGAGGAGGCCUUGAAUGGACCAAAUGGGGAGAAGUGGAAGGCGAGUGAGGAUGAGGAGUUCGGGUCCCUGAUUGAAAACGAGACAUGGGACCUGUGUGACUUGCCUCCUGGGAAGAAGGCAAUCACUUCCAAGAUGAUCUACAGGCACAAGUAUGGACCUGAAGGGGAGCUGACCCGCUACAAGUCUAGGCUUGUGGCAAGGGGGUUUCAGCAGACAAAAGGGAAGGACUAUGAUGAGGUGUUUGCUCCUGUGGGGAAAGGAACAACACUGAGGGUGCUUUGCUAUACUGACGCUAGCUUCAACUCAGUGAAAGCGGAUGGCACCAGCAUUGGGGGAUAUGUGUGCUUGCUAGGAGGUGGUGCUGUGAGCUGGCGCAGCAAGAAGCAGAAUGAGGUGGGAUUGUCCUCAUGUGAGACUGAGUACAUGGCCUUACACCAUGGGGCCAAGGAAGUGGUGUGGCUGAGGCGCUUGUUGGAGGAGUUGGGAGUUGGUCAGGAGAAGCCGACAGUUGUGUUUUGUGACAAUGAGUCCGCUGUGAAGCUCGCCAAGAAUGCUUGUCUGCAUGGGCUGACAAAACACAUAAGGCCUAAGUGGCAUUGGGGAGGGAAUCUUUGUGCUUAUGGGGUUUCCUUGGUUGGGGACUCUCUUGGGACCUUCCCUCUCAUCCCUCUCUUCCUAUCCCAACCUUUCUCUUGCUCCUUCUAAUUUCUUGUGAGAUUCUUGAACUUUGAUUGAACUCUUGAGA